GCGGUAGGCGUGACUAGUCCGCCAAAGGCACGGGGGCGUUUUCGUGCGGGUUCGCAGGACGGUCUUUUGCGGUGAAAGCCUCAUUGAGGUCCGCUAAAAAUCACACCCCCCGCCCUCCCCUUGUGGGGCCGGAAUGCACGGCGCGGAGGAGCAUCCGGAUUAGGGUGAUGCGCCAUCAGCCGGCGGGGGGCAUCUGUCCUCACUGCAACCUGUUCCUCCCGUGACGCUUAUGGGAUAGGAGUGCUCCCUUCCCAGCACCGCGGCCCCGCUGGAGUCCUUUGUGCCAAAGCUGCCUCGCGUGGACGUGGCCGGGAUGGGCAGCCCGGGCUGCGAGGUGGCUCUUGCCGGGCCCGCUGAGCCCGCACUGGAGGUUCUGUGCGCUGAGUGCGGCCAGGUGCACCGCAGCUGGGAGAACCACCUGUACAACUAUCGCCUGGAAGUGGACGACGACCUGGUGUGCCACAUCUGCCUGCAGCCGCUGGUGCAGCCGCUGGACACGCCGUGCGGGCACACCUUCUGCGCUCGCUGCCUGCGCAGCUUCCUGCAAGAGAGGGACUUCUGUCCACUGGACAGGACACGGCUGCAGCUGGCGGCGUGUCGCAGGUCCAGCAUACUGGUGCACAAGCUGCUGGACAAGUUGUCCGUCACGUGCCCCCUGACCCCGGUCUGCUCGCUCAGCAUGCCGAGAUGCGACCUGGAGGCACAUCUCAAACACAGGUGUCCAGGGACGCGCUGUCAGCAGACCAUUGUGGACGUUCCACGCAAGGACAGCGGGGACGAGCGAUCCAUGGUGAAAAGCCCUCCGCGAUCGCCCAGCUCCCCGCAGACCAACCUAGGGGAUGGCGCCCCGUCUCCACCCCCUGCUGGUACUAACAGCGACAACGGCAAUACACCCAUGAGGACAGAGGAUGUGGGACUGGACAACCCAGCCUUUGAAGAGAGCACUGAGGAAGACAGUGUGGUCGGUAUGGAGUGCAUCGUCCCCAGGGUGAAGCGUCCUCUCAGUAAUCCAUGCAUCCACCUCCUACGCUCUGUUAGCUCCACUUCUUCUGGCUGGGACUGCCCCGAGUCUCCGCCUCUUUCCGCAGAAGAGGGCUGCGUCAAGUUGCCGUCGCUUCCUGAAGGGGAGAUAACGGCUGUGGAGGUCCACCGGGCCAACCCGUACGUGGAGCUGGGCAUCAGCAUUGUUGGUGGAAACGAGACACCGCUUAUCAACAUCGUCAUCCAGGAAGUGUACCGGGAUGGCGUGAUUGCACGGGAUGGGCGGCUGCUUGCAGGAGACCAAAUACUCCAGGUGAACAACGUGGACAUCAGUAACGUCCCCCACAGCUUUGCUCGCUCCACCCUGGGGCGCCCCUGCACCACCUUGCAGCUGACCGUGCUCCGAGAGCGCCGCUGUGCGUCCCGCGCCCCGCCCUCCACCUCCGCUUCCACACCGGCUGUCCCCCACCCGCCCUGCUCCACCCCCGAGGGCAACCCCCCUAGCCCAGUGUCCCUGAGAAUCACCCUGCACAAGCGGGACUCCACGGAGCAGCUGGGCAUUAAGCUGGUGCGGCGGACGGACGAGUCCGGAGUGUUUGUGUUGGACCUGCUGGACGGGGGCCUGGCGGCUAAAGAUGGCCGCCUGCGCAGCAACGACCGCGUGAUGGCAGUCAACGACCAGGACCUCCGCCACGGCACGCCGGAGCAGGCUGCACAGAUCAUACAGGCGAGUGGCGAGCGAGUCCACCUGCUGAUUGGCCGACCCAACAAACCAACUCCGCCCCCACCGCCAAAAUCGAGCUCUACCAGAGACCUCUACUGCCUUGAUCACUUCCUGCCUAACCACAGCACCACUCCAAGUCCUGUACCCGUGCACCUCUCACGCACCAGCACCCACAGGGACCUGUCCCAGUGUGUCACCUGCAAGGAGAAGCACAUCACUGUGAAGAAGGAACCUCAUGAGUCUCUGGGCAUGACGGUGGCAGGGGGGCGGGGCAGCAAAAGCGGCGAGCUGCCCAUCUUCGUCACCAGCGUCCAACCACACGGCUGCUUGUCCAGGGACGGGCGAAUCAAACGAGGCGACGUCCUGCUGAGCAUCAACGCGCAGGACUUGACCUACCUGAGCCACAGCGAGGCAGUGGGCACACUGAAGGCCAGCGCCGCCUCACCCUCGGUGCAGCUGAGGGUGCUGGAGGUCAGCAUGGUGGAGGAGCGUGACCGCGACCAGCUGCUGCCGCACACGCACGACUGCGACUUUGACGCCAAUUGGUCGCCUUCGUGGGUCAUGUGGCUUGGCCUGCCCAGCUACCUGCACAGCAGUCACGAGAUCGUCCUGCGGAGGAGCCACCCUGGCAGCUGGGGGUUCAGCAUCGUGGGGGGGUAUGAGGAAAUCCACGGCAACCAGGCCUUCUUCAUCAAGACCAUCGUCCUCGGCACGCCGGCGUACUACGACGGGCGCCUCAAGUGUGGUGACAUGAUCGUGGCGGUCAACGGCCUGUCGACAGCAGGUAUGAGUCACACGGCGCUGGUCCCCAUGCUGAAGGAGCAGCGCAGCCGGGUGGCGCUGACGGUGGUCUCCUGGCCCGGCAGCCUGGUAUAGCCGGGCCGGCUGGUAUACCAGCAGCAGCUCGUAGAAUGUUCCGGUGAUGUGAUCCACGCUUCCUGUCCAUCGCUCCACAUCAGGACCAAAAAGCAUGGAGGGCAGACCCAGCUGGACCCAACUGGCUCUGAGCGGGUAGUGCAGAUUGUGCCAUGCCUCUUGACAGACUGCACUCCAACACACCGCUGUGCUCAUAUGGUCAUGUGUUCACUCUAGCAGACACACACGGAGAGAUGGAUUUAUUAGGUGAUAUGUGCCGUGUUCGCCCCCCCCCCCCCCAUGCAGUUGUAGAGUCCAGGGUUCUAUUCAGGUGGAUGCACCGUUCAAAGUGGACCUUUAAUGACUUCUGAUCUCCUGCAGCACCAGCGUUGGAUCCAGCUGAAUGAGCCUGAGGCCUUAUUAUAUUAGUAACCUGCCACAACCUGGGGGCUCACCUGCCCUCAGCCCCACCCAUCACCAUGACAACCAGCUGUCCAAUCAGCUGUAAUUUUAUACGUGAGAAUGUGUGUCCUCUUUAAUAAAUAUUUCCUGCAAAGAGUA